AAUUAGGCAAACAAAACAAGGCAUCCCUUUCUUUUCUUCAACUAUUCAAGAAAAAAGAGUUCAACACCAAGCUAAGCUUCAUCUUUCUAAACUUUUAUCUUUCCCUAACCAAAACAAAAAAAGUUUCAAUCUUUAUUUUCUAAACAUUCUCUCAAACAAAACCCAAAAAAAGUAAAAUCUUUACAAUUUAGCCCUUUUCUUUUCAUAAUUCUCUCUAUUGUCUCCUAUUUUGUUAUCAAAACUAUAACAUAUAAUAAAGUCAUAUAAAUGUGGCAAAAACAGCCAAAUUGUAAUAACUCAUCAUCCUUUAGAGAGUCUCUUAAAGUUCUUGAAGCUGAUGUACAACAUGCUAAUACCCUGGCAGCUGCUAUCCCGGGAGAUUAUGGCGGGGAUCGCGUGCAAAUGAAAAUAUCUUAUAGCCCUCUUGCCCCAUUCAUUCUAUUUUUGGUUGAAUGGAUGGAUUAUAGUUGUACAGAUGCACUCCCUAGUUAUUUAGGCCUUCUUCACAUCCUUGUCUACAAGGUUUAUGUUGAUGGAAUGCCAACAUUGUCAUCUAAGGAUAGGAGGGCCACUCUAAGAGAAUUUUACGCUACUAUAUAUCCUUCACUUAGACUGCUUGAAGGAGAGUUUACUGAAUUUGGAGAUAACCCUAGUAAAAGCCAAGGGACUGAAGUAUGGAGCAGAAAGAGAGUGGACGAUAAGAGGAAGCGAUCUGAUCAUGAAUUCGAGAGAGAUGAUGAAUGUGGAAUAUGUAUGGAAGAUAGCGCAAGGAUGGUCCUCCCUAACUGUGGGCACUCCUUGUGCAUUAGCUGCUUUCGCGACUGGAACACGAGAUCUCAGUCCUGCCCUUUUUGUCGAGGCAGCCUUAAGAGAACUAACUCUUUAGAUUUAUGGGUUCUCAUUAACAACAGUGAUAAAAUCGACACGGUUACUCUUGCAAGAGAGAACCUGAGGCGUUUCUACAUUUACAUUGAGAAACUGCCUCUUUUGAUGCCCGAGACUCACGCCAUUCUGUUGGAUUACAUGAUCUGACGUACAGAGUAAGAAUGUAAUCAACCGUAGUUAUCGCUAACCACCCAUUGUUGUUUGUACAUAGAGCAUAAUGUCGAUAGUGCUCGAUCCCAUCCGAUGUGGCUGGUUGAGCAGAUGUUUCAUGUUAGCUGUAUAUAAUAACUUAAUGAUAAGCAGGCGAUUCUCGUCAGAGACACGGAGUUGCUGGCACAAAAGAAAACACUAAGCACCCGCAGGAAGCGAGUGCUGUAAAUGAAAGAAAGAUGAUAGAUAAUAUAUGAUUGGCAUUCAACUCGGCUUUUUGAACCCGAGUGUCGGAAUGGAAUUAUCUGGAAACUUGCGUGAUCGAGUUUCUGCUUACUGUCUAAUGUUAAAUGAUGAAUAUUGUGAAUUAAAUGUAUUUCUAUGAUAUACUUAAAUUACGACACUAUCUCUACUGAAGUGUCAUUGUAAUGUUGCUAUUUUAUAUGAUUAAAGGGUUCAUUUAGUCA